AUGAACGCAGACAUAACGCAGCUUCCAACUACGUUUUCAUCAUGCAGUGCUAAAAUUGUCAAGAAAGUCAAAGAUAAAGGCCUUGCUCCUUGUCUUUAUAAUGUACCUGACGUCAUAUACAAUGGACCAAUAUGUGGGAAUGGAAUAAAGGAAAAAGGAGAAGUUUGCGAUUGUGGGGGGAAAAAGGAAUGUAAGAAAAGUCAAUGUUGCACAGACACCUGCCAACUUAAGCACGGAGCUAAAUGUGAUUCUGGUGGAUGCUGCCACCACUGUCAGGUUCUUAAGGCGAACAAGUUAUGUAGAUCAGCACAGAAUGAAUGCGACUUAGACGAGGUCUGUGAUGGAAAAAGUGAACAGUGUCCAGCUAAUUUGUACAAGCAAGACUUAUAUCAGUGUGGACAAGGGUUAGACGUUGGAUAUUGUUAUAGAGGCCAGUGUCGUAGUAAUCUGAUACAAUGUCAACAUAUUUGGGGCAGCACUGGUAAAACGGCUCACGUGUAUUGUUUCACUGAAAACAAACAAGGUCAAGCUAGUGGAAACUGUGGAACUAUCUCGAAUUCUAUCCAUAGGAAAUGUAAUGAUAGUGAUAAGAUGUGUGGUGUACUUUUUUGUGACUCGGGUAUACCAAACCCUGUAUUUGGAGGAGGUUCACAACGAGUGAUUGAAAGACAUUUGACACUCCCUCCACCUCAUGGCCCAAUUACAUGGGAACCACAAUAAACCUUGGGCCCGACGUUCCUGAUCCAGGACUGGUGGACGAUGGUUCCCCGUGCUAUACAAAUACGAGAACAAAGUCCCAAGGCAUCUGUAUCAAUAAGAAAUGCGUAGACAUUAGUACCAUAUUGAUUCCGAUCUGUCCAGUUGAUGUAAAUGGAACGAUAUGUUCUGGAAAUGGGAUAUGCAACAAUCUAGAUAAAUGUUGGUGUAAGCAUGGUUAUACCAGUAGCGAUUGUUCUGUAAAGAUCUUAACUCCAGGAAGAGUCCCUGAAAAGAGUCUCACUGUUACACAUAUUGUACUGAUAUCAGGUGGGAGCGGGAUUUUCGUACUUGGUCUGACGGCUGGCAUUAUAGUUAUAAUCUGCCACAAGAAAAAAAUUAAAGGAGAAAAGGGGAAGCAUAAAGAUAAAGAUGAAAAGAAGAAGCAUAAAGAUAAAGAUGAAAAGAAGAAGCAUAAAGAUAAAGAAGAAAAGACAAAAACUGCAUGGGGAGAACCAAAUGGAGACAUUAAAAGAAAGAAACUUGUUGCUUUUCAACAGACCAAAAUUAGGCCCAUGCCUCCUUCUUCUCAUCGUCUUUAAAACUUUGUUUUGCAGGGAUGGCACAAUAUGAAUAAAGAAUUUUUUAAAAAAACAUAUUACGCAGCCUUUAAGUCACACAGAAAUAUAUUAAUAAUUCAAAAGAUUUAACUUGUAAUCAAAUUGAACUAAAUAAAAUAUUUUAUGGUUGA